AUGUCUACUGUGUCUGUCCAUGCAUUGAGUACCGGCCACAUCACGAUACCCGAACGAUUCUUCGUGGACCCAGCCGAUCCUACCGCCAAAAGGACUGUUCCGUCGCUUUCGUUCUUGAUCCAACACACAGACGGGAAAACUGGGAAGCUGACGCGGCUUGUUUUUGACCUGGGUAUGCGAAGAGAUCUCAAUCUUUAUCCUUCAGUACUGCGAGAUCAUCUGGCCAGUCGACAACCGAUAUCAACAGAGCCUGAUGUAGUCGCGUCUCUUGCUGCGGGAGGACUAGGCGUGGAUGACAUUGAUUAUGUGAUCCUUAGCCACGUUCACUACGACCACGUUGGGCUUCCAUCGGACUUUACCAACGAGAAGACCAAGUUCAUUGUUGGCAACGGUGCCCUCGAUCUUCUGGGCGGGAAGACGCAACUCAACUUGGGCAAGCAUAUGGUUUUUGAACCAGACCUUUUACCUGCAGAUCGGACCAUAGAGUUGCCUCCGCCCGAUCCCGAAUCUCACCAAGGUCAGUUUUCCUGGCAACGCUUGGCUUUGUUUCCCAGUGCGAUCGAUCUGUUCAAGGAUGGAACCGUUCAUAUCAUCAACGCACCCGGCCAUUUGCCAGGGCAUAUCAAUCUGCUAUGCAGGACAUGCACAGGUCCGGCGAGAUUUGUCUGCCUAGCAGGCGAUGCUUGUCAUGAUAUUCGCUUGUUGACUGGGGAAAGAGACAUCGCGACCUGGACAGACGAAUCGGGGAGAUACUGUUGCAUGCACGUGGACAUACCAAGAUCCAAAGAGACAUUAUCUCGACUGCAUGCCGUGUCAAAGGAGGGACUUCAAUUGGAAGGAGAUAAACAGCCGGCCGAGGUCGAAGUGGUCUUUGCCCACGACUUUGCCUGGGAGGAAGAAGCGAAGAGGGCGGGUAGGUUUUGGCCUGGCAAAAUGUAG